CAACUUUCCACCGGGCCGUCAGCCGGAUACGGAGGAAGAUAACAUAGCGCUCGGUUUCGUGACCACAAAAUCGGACGCAGUUCUGCUACGAAUCGAAAGCUCCACCACCCAGGACUACAUAGAAAUGGAGAUCGUCGAGGGAAACGUGUUUACGGUGUACAACGUCGGUACGCAGGAUCUACCGCUAGGUGAGGUCGCGGUAAAGGUGAACGAUAACAACUACCACAUCGUACGCUUCACCAGAACGGGUGCCAACGCAACGCUCCAGAUCGAUGAUUAUAACGUCCAAACGGUGACUUCGAUCGGACACCAAUCAACCGUGUUUACCUCGAUGGCCAACAUACAGGUCGGUGGUAAGAUCGCACGCAAUGGCCGAUCGCGCAUCGAGCGCCCAUUCAGCGGUGUCAUCGCCGGUCUCUCGGUCAAUCGGUUGCGCGUGCUCGAUCUGGCGGCGGAACGCGAUCCGCACAUCAACGUGCGGGGCGAUGUACAAUUGGUAACUGGCGUUUUAGAUAGAAAUGACCAAAGAAUGCAGCAGAACUCAUCUUCCGAUCCAUUCAAGACACCGGCCAGCGGUUAUCCGGGCGUAAUGGACGAUCUCAUCUUCAGCGGUGCCGGUUCGGGAUGCCGCGGUGACGACGAGGACGAGUGUACGCCCCCAUUCGAGAACGGUUCGGGUGACGAUCUGAUAACGCCGGUAUACGUUCCGCCGACGAAGCAAACGGCCACCAGCGCAUCGUCGGGCCGCGGUCGCCCCAAACCAGGUGAAAAGCUGUGCGAUGACGAAGACUGUCUCCAUGGAUCCGGUAGUGGCGAGGUGACGGAAGUGUUUACCGCUUCCACGGCCAGAAGCUCAGAAACGAGCCCCGAGAUGACGUACACGACGGUGGACUUUGAUAAGAAAACGGACGGAACGACCUCCCUGACGACACAGGGUGGCCGUACACCGGUCACCUUCUCUUCACCGGCGCAUACAACGAGCGAACAGGACACGACGAGCGGAGCUGCAAGUGGCAGCAGCAGCAGCAGCGGUACCACAGGAGGCAGCAGUUACGGAGGUGUUGGUGGUGGUAGCAGCAGUUACGGUUCUCCAGGAAGCAGCAGUUACGGUACAACCGUACCAAUGGGUGGUACUACCGGUUCCGGUGGUACAACGACGGGAACGACGGUCGGUGGACGACCAAGUUACAGCUCCCCCGGUACAACGGUCGGACUAAGCAGUACAUACGGUUCGACAACGCAGCAACAGACGCCACCAUCGGAAACGACCGUCAGCUACCGUGAUCGGGAUCGUGAUCAUGUCCGCGAAACGACAUACCCUCAGGCACCGACCACGACGGAAGAGGAAGGAUCGAUCGACGAGCAUCACGAGGAGGACGAUGACGUGAUCGGUGGUGCUGGUGGUGCUGGUGGUGGUGGUACCGAGGAACACCGGACAACGGUACAGCACACGAACGCGAACGGUGGACGGCGACCGGUGAAGGUAGCGGAACCACCGAACCCCGAACCGGAAACACCCUACCAACCGCAUCCGCAACCGCCGUACACACCGACACGCUUACCGAAGCACAAGGGUAGCCGCAUUAACUCGGAGGCCGAAGAACGGACGGCCAUGAUCAUCGGUAUCGUAGCGGGCGCCCUGAUUGCCGUCAUUUUGGUCAUUCUGCUCGUACUGUGGAUCAAAUCGAACGGUGACCGUUCGUACAAGGCCGAACACGAUAAGAGUGGGCUUUACGGGCAGGGUCCGAGUGCGGCCCUGCUCGGUGGUUCUCACGGUAACUCGGCCAACGCGCACCACUACAAUCAACAGGCGGCGCACCAGCAAGGACACCAGCAGCUGCAGCAAGGACACCAUCAAGCGCAGCACCAUCAUCAACCGUCGGCACCGCCACACUACAACACGCACCACUCGAACGGUGGCAGCACACUGCCACUGAACGGAUCGCUGCGCCAUCAUGGACCCAGUAAUGGCGGGAUGGGCAGUGGCGGUAGCAUGAGCAUGGGUUACGGUGGUCUGAAUGGUAGUGGUAGCGAUAAGGGUAGCAUGCAAUCGAGUGGUGCCGGUGGUGGUGGUGGUGGAGGUGGAGGCGGUGGCGGUGGCAGUGGAGGCGGUAUGGGAGGGGCACCGCAGCGCAACUCGAAGAGCCGCAACUCGAAGGACAUCAAGGAGUGGUACGUCUAAGUCUACGCCACGUCACGUCACGGCCAGCAGCAGCAGCAGCAGCAGCUAAACGCCAAGUCGGCGCACAAAUUUUCACAAAAAGCAAAACAAUGACGGCGUUCGACUGCUACGAUAGCGAUAAGCGAGUAGGAGGAGAUGGUGAUGGAACUGGCACCACCCGGUCCGCAACUCGCAUCUCUAGAACUAGCAGUGGUGUGUGUGUGUAUGUGUGUGCACCGGAAAUGCACAAACCGGAUCGGAUCGGAUAACCGAGCAGCAUCAUCUCGGGAAUAAAGUGUAAAUACGUUGUUGUGGAUUGAAAAAGAGAAAGAGAGAGACAGAGAGCAGGACGGAUAGGAGCCUAAUCCGUUCGGAAUCGAAAUGUAAAUGUGUCAAGAGCGGCAACAAUUGCAGCAGGCAACGCCAACCAUCAUCACACUCACAGCAGCCUAUGACAAACAAGCGCUUAUUACGACUACUACGACUACUACUACCAGCCGGCCUGGCCGGCUGCAACACGUCCCUGCAUUUCCACUCUUUCUGCACAUCCCCAGUAUCUGUGAAUUGCGCUUAUCGGGCAGAAAUGUUUUUGCGAUGUCCUGCCAGGAUUCGCAAUAACAUCACCACAGCACGGCACGACCGCGCACACCACCUCUCGGGCGCACACAUUAAUUAUGAUGAUGAUGAUGAUGAUGAUGAUCGAUGCAAUGAUAGUUACUAAGCACCGUGCGCUGCUAAGCUCUGAGACAUUCUUACUAAGUAAGCCAUGGUCCACGACUGGUGUGUAUAUGUGUGCGCGUGUGUGUGCGUAUGUGUGCGGGACUAAACGAAAGUGGAAAACUUUGUUACUAAAAACUAUUACUGCACCGAACGUUACGAAAGUGAAUCCGUUUCGUCCUUUCGUUCUUCGUUUCUUAUGCGCCAUUGGCAUUGCAUAGGGGUUUUGUGAGGAGAGAGAGAGAGAGGAAAGAGGUUGGUAACGAGGCCGUGACGAGGUCGAAGGAGAAGAUGCCAGAAGUUUAGAGAGGACUGUUCCUUCGGUGUGCCGAUUGGAUGGCAAUGAUAUCGUUUUCCGGGCCGAAGGGAGAGGCGAUAAAAUGGAGAAAAACCUAAAAGCUUUAGUAACCUAACCUAAGAAAAACCAAGCAGCACUGGGAUUGAUAUCGUUGGCAAAGUAUGUGGUAAAAAGGGGAGUCAAGAGGGAGGGAAAAGAAGGACACGGUGGUUUAGUACGAUAGCUUGUAAGAAUGGUCCAUGAUACGACGACGACGAAAACGAUAAGGGAAGUGACUGCCGAUGCCCACGGGGGUGUUACUACCGAGAGUUACUCAGUUGCGCUGCUUUAGCAUCAACAACUGCGCACGAUCGCACGCCACCUGCUGAUGCAUCAAACAUUUCGGACGGCCAUGCCAAUUGCCUGUGCUGCUACCUGUUCCCGUCUAGCGCCGACGAACGAUCCAAGGAAGCGAUGCUCGCUACUGAAAUGCUCCAUCAAUCCGCUCAACACGGAGCUGAUUGUGGAGAAGGUUAAAGGACACGCACUGAUGAUGAUAAGGCUAGCAUGGAGUGUCAAACUCUGUCAGAGACAGAGAUUCCGGGAGAGACGGGAAGUAGGAUGAACAUAUUACAACCAAUAGAGGGAGAAGAGGAAGGAAAGAAAGAGAGAAAGAGAAAGAGGGAGAGAGAGCGCGCGGGCGAAAGUAAAGGUGUUCCGGUUCCAAGCAAAUUGUUUUUUCUGCACAAAAAUUUACUCGAACAUAAGUAAAAACGUAAGAUAAGCCCAGUCAGGCCGGGGGUGGAACUCGUGGCAGUGAAGGAGUACCCCGCGUGAACGGUUUGGGUAAUUACAAAGAGGCUAGCUAAGGUAUAAAGACACACAGAGAUGAUAUAUAUAUAUACAUACUAUAUUACAUUACAUUAUAUGAAAAAGAGAGAGAAACGAAACAAAACGACACAAAACAACAACAAAACACACACACAUACACCGUACACGAAAACAAUCGUUUUGAUAACUUUGAUUCUGGAACGACGAAAACACCGCGAAACGGUCAGAGCAGGCGCGGUUACUGAAUGCUGAAAGGAAGUACGGGUCCCCAAAGCAAGCCUCGUUGGCCUGUUGCUAUUUAAGCAGGGGAAAUCGGAAGCGCAAUUAUCACCGUAUUACUACGGAUGGUAUUACCAAGACGAUCGCAUAAAUCGAUCAGACAGUGGGUCAAUCCGUUCGAUGCUGAUAAAAUCACAAUCAGUGAUUGUGCGAAUCGGGCGGUUGUGGGCCGUUUUGCGUUUUUUCCCUGUCCUUUACAUCCGUUCCAGGCCAGUUCCAGGAACACAUGAAACAAUCGAUCCAAUCAAUUUAAAACAGAGAGAAAAUGAGAAAAAUGAGAGAGAGAGAGAGAGAGCAGUAACAUAUACAUCCAAAAAAUCCAAAUCUUGCACCGAAUUUUCUAUAGUCCUACGAAGAUAUAAAAUGAAUUUAACAAAAAAAAAAUGGAAAAAAGAAUGAAAAUUACACUCGAUACA